CAUGUGCGCUGGCCGUUCCCAGCCGUGCCGCCGCUCACCUGGACCCUGGCCAGUGGCGUCGUCAUGGGCCUGGUGGGCACCUACAGCUGCUUCUGGACCAAGUAUAUGAACCACCUCAUGGUCCAUAACAAGGAGGUGCUGUACGAGCUCAUCGAGAACCGAAGCCCCACCACGCCCCUCAUCACCGUUUCCAACCACCAAUCCUGCAUGGACGACCCUCACCUCUGGGGGAUCCUGAAGCUCCGCCACAUCUGGAACCUGAAGCUCAUGCGCUGGACCCCAGCGGCGGCGGACAUCUGCUUCACCAAGGAGCUGCACUCGCGCUUCUUCAGUCUGGGCAAGUGUGUGCCUGUGUGCCGAGGAGAUGGCGUCUACCAGCGGGGCAUGGACUUCAUCCUAGACAAGCUCAACCACGGCGACUGGGUGCACAUCUUCCCGGAAGGGAAGGUGAACAUGAGCUCUGAGUUCCUGCGCUUCAAGUGGGGAAUCGGGCGCCUGAUUGCUGAGUGUCAUCUGAACCCCAUCAUCCUGCCACUGUGGCAUGUCGGAAUGAAUGACGUCCUUCCUAACAGCCCACCCUACUUCCCUCGCUUCGGACAGAAAAUCACUGUGCUCAUCGGGAAGCCCUUCAGUGCGCUGCCCAUGCUCGAGCGGCUCCGGGCGGAGAACAAGUCAGCUGUGGAGAUGCGCAAGGCCCUGACUGACUUCAUCCAGGAAGAGUUCCAGCGCCUCAAGAGCCAGGCUGAGCAGCUGCACAGCCACCUGCAGCUGCAGAGUUAGGCCCAAGCCCGGCCACUGGCAGCACAGUCAGUGUGCUGGGCUUGGGGUGGUUCCAGGUUGGCAUAGACCCUGUCUGGUGCCUGCUUCCAGCUGGUGCUGCAGCCCAAGGAAGGGCUCUGUGCUGCUGGCCCCUGGGCCAUGAAGCCAGAGGAGGCUGAGACAGGGCUAUUCCCAGGGCUGGCAUUGGGAGGGCAACCCCUGAGGCCAUCUAGCCUGGCUCUCCCUGCCCACUUGCCAGUCCAGAAGCUGCUUACCACCUCCUCAGGGAUGCCUGUUGCCAUGUCUUCCUUCCCUUUUUUUGAGACAAGGUUUUGCUCUGUAGUUCAGGCCAGUAUGAACUCACUUUGUAGCCCAGUAGCCUGGCACUUGUAGCAAUCUUCCUGCCUCUGCCUCUGAGUGCUGGAAUGUCAGGUAUGUGCUACCAGGCCCAGCUCCCGUGUCUUCCUUCUUGAAGUCCAGAUUCCUCACUCUUGGCCCUGGCCCCAGGCAGGGUGUCCACAGUGGCCUGCAGGCUGCAAGAGCAGAAGAUUAGCCCAUCCAGUUUUGCCUGAGUGAGCCUUGCCUGCCCUGUGCAGGGCCACUGACUGUCACCCUUCCUGCUCUCGAAGCCCUCCUGGCCCGGGUCAGGAUUUCUCUUUAAACAAUAAAGCAUUUGUGUUGUGCCA